GGAAGUCUGUCCCAGCACUGUCCUGCUCCAGACGCAGUCACCAAUGUCAGGCGUCGGGGAAAUUUUGAAAGCAGUUGGCGAUUUCGGGCCAUUUCAGAAAUGCCUGGUGCUGCUCACCUUGAUCCCCUGCCUCAGCGUGGCCUUCCACCAGUUCUGCCAGCUUUUCAUGGUUGUGGAUGUGCCCUACCACUGUGACACCAGCUGGAUCCUCGCUGUCGGCCCCAACCUGACGCAGGAAGAGCAGCUGAACCUCACCCUGCCCCGGGAUGCGGACGGGCAGUACGAGCAGUGCUCCAUGUACUCCCCGGUGGACUGGGACCUGGACUCCAUCCUGACAUAUGGCCUGAACGCCACGCAGAAGUGCAGCAGUGGCUGGGUGUACCCCUCAGCAGAGCCACCCUCCCUGCUGACCGAGUUUGACCUGGUGUGUGACAGGAAGGACCUGAAUGACAUCGCCCAGUCCAUCUACAUGGUGGGGCUGUUCCUGGGAUCCAUGAUCUUUGGGCCGCUGAGUGACAGGAUCGGCCGCCGGCCAGUCAUUCUGAUCUCAGUCUUCCUCCAGGGCUUGUUUGGUCUGGGAAUUGCCUUUGUGCCCCAUUUCUAUGUGUACAUGGCCUUCAGGUGUGUCGUGGGGGCUUCGGUGUCAGGAAUCACCAUGACAUUACUGUCCUUAGCCACAGAGUGGAUUGGUGUCUCCUCCCGGCCUAAGGCAGUGCUUUCCUCUCACUGCUGUUUCGCCAUUGGACAGAUGAUUUUGGCUGGCUUGAGUUAUGGGAUUCGCAACUGGAGGCUGCUGGAGAUUGCAGGAUCCGCUCCUAUAUUUGCCUUUUUCUUCUUCAUUGGGGUGCUCCCAGAGUCAGCUCGGUGGCUGGUGACCAAAGGCAGGAUGGAGGAAGCCAAGAAGCUCCUUCAGAAGGCGGCGGCCACCAACAAGCGCAGCCUCCCGGCAGGACUCCUGGAGCAGGUACCUGUCCGGGCACAGGGAACCUCUGGAAGUCUUCUGGAUCUCUUUCGGAAGAGGCACCUGCGGAAGGUGACUUUGAUCAUGUCAUGUGCCUGGUUUGUGAACAGCUUCGUCUACUACGGGCUGAGUCUGAACGUGACAAAUUUUGGCCUGGACAUCUACCUGACCCAGCUGGCCUUUGGAGCAGUGGAAAUCCCAGCCCGUAUUGGUUGUAUCUUCAUUCUGCAGUGGUUCGGGAGGAGGAAGACCCAGACUGUUCUCCUGCUGCUGAGUGGCCUGGUGUGUCUGAUCAUCACUGGCAUCCCUGAAGACCAGCCCUUGGCAACCACUGUCCUGGCCACCAUUGGCAAGUUUGCUGCCUCAGCCUCCUUCUCCACCUCCUACGUCUACGCGGCAGAGCUCUUCCCCACGGUCGUCAGGCAGACCGGCGUGGGGCUGUGCUCGAUGUCGGCGCGGCUGGCUGGGGUCCUGGCCCCGCUGGUCCGGCUCCUGGGGCAGUUCCACAGGGCCAUCCCCAUGGCCAUCUUCGGGAGUGCCCCCGUGCUGGGGGGGCUGCUCUGUGUCCUGCUGCCUGAGACCCGCGACGUGGAGCUGCCGGAUGACACGGGGGAUGGACAAACCCCGGCUGAGGUCUGCGAAAGUGGCACCAGAAGCUCUGAGAACGGACAGGUGAAAGGAAAGGAUGGUGUCCAAGUCAAUGAGUGCACAAAGACCACUUACUUCUAGCUGGGUCUGCAGCUGAAGGCAGUUGGGUGCUGUGUGGGCACUGAGGACAGGCAGGGUCUCCACCACCGGACACCACCACUACUCAGGCCAUCACUGCCAAUUCUUGGCUCUCCUUGUCUUUUUUUGCCUUCCUGUAUCUCCCUCUAUAGCUGGUCCUCAGGCACUGCAUCCUGUCACUGGUGUCCAGCACUGCUCCCGCUGGAGAAAAUCGGGUGCUUUUUGUUUAGGGGAAAAAACCCAAAGAAAUCAAAAACCAGAAUGGGGACGUUUUCUCUUCAUUUUUCCUGUCUUGUCUCCAGGAAGGUGAGACUGUAAACUCUGCCCAGUGAGACACGUGCACUGAAUAGAGUUGCAAGAGGGAACUGUGCUCACUAACAAGAGAGCUGGAGCAGAUGCAGCACUGAGAACAUUCUCACUCUCGCAAAAAGGAGUGAUUUAUCCUGACUGUCUAGCAAGAUCUCUCUCUCUCUCAUAAAAACACUCCUUUUUAUUCUUUAAAAUUUGAGAUAGCUGAG